AUGAGUGCCUACUUCAGAAACAUCUUUACCUUUAAUCCUCGUUCAUCAACUAAUCCUAACGGCGUUGAGGCUGCUGCUCCUGGUUAUAUAACUGAUAAUGGCGAAGCUGUUUUUGAGCAUAGAGUCUUAUCAAUAGUUGAUGCUCAACAAGACAGUGACACAGCACAAAAUAGCCACAAUAACAGUGCCCACGGUGAUGAUAACAAUGUUGGUGCUCUCGAAGAAGAAAUAUCAGAACUAGAGACUGAUCCCUUUGUCGAAAUCAACUUAAAUCCUUUAACUUAUGCUCAGGCUGCUUCUUUAAAACCUGGUAUUAGUGUUGAUCCUCCACAAAAUUCCAGCAUCUUGAAACCAAUAAAAGUCUAUUCUCCUCCAAUCUUUCCAGACGAUAAUAUAGCUGACAAUUUAAAUAAUCGAAAGAUUUUAAAUCAAAUAAUCAAACAAGAAAUCCAAAUCGAUCAUAACAACUAUAAAAUAAACCAAAUUCAAUCAAUCCAGGACUCAAUAAUUAAAAGCGCUCUGGAAAGAAACAAAUACAUUAACUACAAUAGUGAUCUAAUUAAUGAUAUUACAUAUUAUGACUAUAAUGAUAUAACUCCUUUUAAAAAAAACAAAAAAAACAUGAAAUUUGAUAAUAAUAAUACUUUUAUAACUUCAAAAAAACUAGGUAAUAGAAUAUCUGUUCACUAUUAG